AUGAAGUCAUUGUACGGAAGCAAGAUGUGUCCGAUAUGGCCACUGCAUUUGAUAAUAUUAUAUAUACUGGUGUUAUGCCCUCUGUGGGUGCUCUGCCAGGCAGCGCCGAAUCUCCUUUCUGAAUUCCUGACAGAAGUCGAUCAAGUACACAUGAAUGACCAUUAUUAUGUCGAUGUCAAUGUUAUAGGAUCAGGAUUUCGAGUAGACGACGUAUUAUAUUUAAAAACAACAAACGAACAUAUAGCCACGGCAGAAUGGAAUUCAACAUAUCGCCUCACUGAGCUUCAGGUGACUAAUGAAAAAUUUGAAGGCAAAUUUAGGGUAGAUGGACAUUUUCUCGGUAGAACAGAUUUAGUAGUAGAAUUGCAUCGAGACGCCAGUCAACAACCAAUCAACGGUACUUUACCUAUCACGGUUACCAGACCUGAAAGAAUUAUAGACAGGGUGUUCGUAUCUAGUGUCGCACUUUUUGUGUCCUUGAUCUUCAUAAACUUUGGAUGUGCAAUGAACUGGAACAACGUUAAGGGUGUCAUAAGGAAACCUGUAGGACCAGUCAUCGGGAUGUGCGGGCAAUUCUUAUUCAUGCCCUUGAUAUCGUUCGGUCUAGGGUUCCUAAUAUUCCCGGAAUCUCCUGCAAUGCGUCUCGGCAUGUUUUUCACUGGAGUAUCUCCGGGUGGAGGUGCCUCUAACAUAUGGACCUUCAUAUUGAAGGGAAACUUAGAUUUGUCACUCACUAUGACGUCUAUAUCUACUUUGGCUUGCUUUGGAUUCAUGCCAGCUUGGCUGUUUUCAUUAGGCCAAGUAGUAUUUGCGAAUGCAAACAUAGUGGUUCCAUACGCUCGUAUAGCCACAUUCGUGGUCGGCCUCAUCGUCCCCUUGGCCAUAGGUCUUGGCAUGCAGAAGUUUACGCCAAGACUUGCCGCAUUCAUGGUCAGGAUCCUAAAGGGAUUCUCGACUACAUUACUUCUGUUCAUCAUAGUAUUUGCCAUUGUGACUAAUUUGUAUAUCUUCGAGCUGUUCACUUGGCAGAUAGUCGUGGCGGGCAUGGGCGUGCCGUGGCUGGGCUACGCGUCGGGCUACCUGCUGGCGCGCGCGCUGCGACAGCCGCACGCCGACGCGCUCGCCAUCUCCAUAGAGACCGGCAUACAGAAUACCGGCAUCGCCAUCUUCCUGCUGCGCUACGCGCUGCCGCAGCCCGAGGCCGACCUCACCACCGUUGUGCCAGUAUCGGUGGCCAUUAUGACGCCUGUGCCUAUGACGGCGAUCUACAUUUACCAGAAAAUAAGCACAUGCUGGGGAUGUGACCCGUGCGAAACAGAAAUGCCCACAAAAAAAUGCCAGAUGACAUCACACCAGUAUCCAACGCUCCCGUCGUUGCAACCAUUGAUGUCAAAUAGCCAGGUG